CCUCUAAGCUUCAAGUACGUCCACCAACUCCAGUUCAUCAUGAGCUCCAUAGGGUCCUGGCCCCACAAGCUGUUCGGUCGCCAAAAGCUCCAUACUAUACUAUCUCUGUAUAAUCUCCUACUACAAGCCAUCUGUGCUCUGAUGUUCAUUCUCGGGAUGCUGUAUUGGCGGCAGAGGAUGGAUAAAAUGUCGUUUUUCGAUUCGGGGCACAUAUUUUUGUGUAUGAUUUUCGAUCUUUUGGUUUUGCUAAGAUUACUGGUGGCUCGGACGAUAAAAUAUCAAGAAAUUAUUAAAGAUUAUUUGCUUGAGUUUCACCUGUUCUACUUCAAGGAUCGAUCGCCUUAUGCUGCAAAGGUACACACGCAGAUCCAUACCAUAUCAGGAAUGUUCACUUUUUACGUUAUAUGCCAAAUGGCUCAUGGCGUAUCAUUGUUCGUGCUCAUGCCAUGGUACAACAACUACAAAAACGGCAUGUUUGGCAAAAACAGACCAGAGAAUAGCACUUUCGAGAAUUCAGCCUAUUACUAUCUGCCUGAUGCCUGCUAUACCACUGUAAAAGGUUACUGGAUAUUAUUCGCUUUCAAUUCUUACACGUCUUAUAUCGUAACCGUUGGUCUCUUCGAGUUUGAUCUUCUCAUAAGUUUGAUGGUGUUCCAAACUUGGGGCCACCUUAAAAUAUUGAGACAUGACUUGUUAAACAUGCCGCCGCCAGAAAACAGCAUAAAUGGAAUGUACUCUGUAGAGGAGAAUAUUAAAAUCCGAGCAUUGUUGAAGGAAAUAUAUGAACAUCACAAGAUGAUUAUAAAAUUCGUGAACAGGUGUUCCAACGCAUUCAGCGAGUACCUGUUCACGUUCUACCUGUUCAUGCAGUUCAUCACCUGCAUCUUACUGUUAGAGGUAUCUUCGUUCACAGCAGACGCGCUGGCUAAAUACGGCCCCUUGACCAUUGGGAUCCAUCAGCAGUUAAUACAAGUAUCUAUACUUUUUGAAAUGCUGAACACAAAGAGCAAGCAACUGAUCGACGCCAUAUACGCCAUACCAUGGGAACACAUGGAUACGAGGAACAGGAAAACGGUUCUGUUCUUGAUACGCAGGAUCCAAAUACCUGUCAGCUUGAAGGCUGGUGGUAUGGUGCCGGUUGGAGUCAACACUAUGACAGCGGUUCUGAAGGGUUCGGUCACGUACUACAUGAUGCUGAAGGCUUUUGCCGGUGAACGGUAAAUCUGGUAGGAGAAGUGGGAGAAGAAGAACAGCAACAACGACAUCAACAACCACAAAAACAACAACAACAACAACAAC